AUGGCGGAUCAGGACGACGAUUAUUUCAACGAUCUUUCUCAGCAGCCCACACGCUCUCAAUCCGGAAAUACUGGCGGCAACAAUUCUGCCAACGAAGACGAGGGCAACCCGAUCCCUCGACAGAAACGAAUGGCAUGUGUUGUCUGUAGGAAGAGGAAAUUAAGAUGUGACGGCAAAAAGCCAAGCUGCGGAACAUGUGCUCGUGUGGGUCAUAACUGCGCGUACGACGAGGUGCGCAAGAAGAGCGGUCCAAAGAGAGGAUAUGUUAAACAGCUAGAAGCCCGAUUAGCUCAAGUUGAAACUCUCUUGAAGAACCACGAGCCCGAAAAUUCUUGGAAUGAAACAAGCCAUAAUGCGCCUCCGAACACAAGCGUCCCCUCGGCUACAUCUGAUGCUAUGCCAGACCUCUUCAACUUUUCAAAUCAGCCUAUUUCGCGAUCUUCAGAACGCAUGAGCCAGUCUGGUGGUCAUCAAAAUGCGGCUUCGGCAGCGAAUUCGGCGAUAGAAACUGAAAAGUCAUGGGAGGUCAUCAGUUUAGGCCUAGAGGAAGCCUUGCCUGCUCAGGAAGUCAUGGAUGAAUUGUUCGAUGUUUACUUUGAAAAGAUUCACCCGUCCAAUCCGAUGAUUCAUCGUCCUCGAUUCUUCGCCGCUAUGGAUCUAGCUCCCCACAUGCGCCCUCCUGUCUGUCUACGCUAUAUCAUGUGGGCAUUGGCUGCAGCCCUUACCCCCAAAUAUAGUUUCUUGGAAGAACACAUGUAUGCUCGUGCACGAAAGUACAUACAUCUGGAUGAGAUGAAGGGUCACGGAGAGCAUAUGGUUAGCAUCACUCACUGCCAAGCUUGGAUACUCAUCGCGCUAUACGAGUUCAAACAAAUGUAUUUCCCCCGGGCAUGGAUAAGCGUGGGAAGAGGCGCAAGAAUGGCUGCUAUGAUGUGUUUCAAUCGAUUGGACGGAGCUGGAUUGGAUGUUAAACAUUGUAUUCCGCCGCCGCGUGAUUGGGUUGAUAGAGAAGAAAGAAGGCGUACGUUCUGGAUGUGCUUCAAUCAAGAUCGGUAUGCCAGUAUUGGCACAGGAUGGCCGAUGGUAUUCGACGAGAGGGAUAUUAUGACAAACCUACCGGCUAGUGAAGAAGCAUUCAUGACCGGCACGCCUGAAACAACACCGUCGUUGAAAGACGUACUGGCUGGUGAUAUCGCAAACCUGUCUCCUUUAGGAAUCGUAUCAGUCAUGGCCUGUGUUUUCGGCCUCAACUUGACACAUCUUCAUCGGCCAGAUCCUCAAGAUAGAGAAGGUGAUAUCAACGGUGAAUUCUGGAAGCGUCAUCGCACCUAUGAUAAUAUACUUCUGAAUGUGGCUCUGUCACUCCCCCAGUCGCUCCGCUUGCCACAAGGCAUAUCCAAUCCAAACAUUAUCUUCGCCAACAUGUCGAUCCAUACAUCUACAAUUUGCUUACACCAAGCGGCUAUUUUUAAAGCUGAGAAGAACAAAAAAUUGAGUCAGAUCGCUGCUGAGAGCAAGAGACGUUGUAUCAUUGCGGCAGACCAAGUUGCCAGCAUUAUGCGAAUGUUGAACCCAUUCAGUGCAUUCUGUCUUUACGUUGCAGCUCGAGUUUUCGUGCAAUACUUGAAGUCUCGACCCGAGGACGAAGCUGUCCAGUCUUCGUUGCAAUUCCUGCUUACGGCUUUGGGAGCAUUAAAACAAUUCAGUGCAUUGACGGAGUCUUUCAUGAUUCAAUUAGAUGUGGAUCUAUGUGGAACAAGUUUUGGUUCUACUAUAAAUAGCAUGCGCAGUAAACAAACAGCCAAUGCAAUGAAAGAUCCUGUUGAAUACACGCCGCUUGUCCAUAUCAGCUCGUCGGAAGCAUAUUUGAGUGCAAAGGAGAGUUUACACAGAGAUGCCCCUGUGAGCCAUAAGAGUUCGCCCGCGAGUAGAGGUGGUUCGGUAUCUUUGCAAAAUUUCCAGAAUCGGCAGAGACAAAAUAAUGCCCCUAAAACCAACCAACAGCCUUUGGGUCAUGGAGAUGUUCAUGGAUCUUUAGGAAAUUCAUCAGAUGUGACUCGCAACAACAGCCCUAGACAGGAUGAUCAGAACUUGUUAACGAAUUUUGACAUGGAUAUCUCCUCUGGCGUGAGCAUCAGUGACAAUAUGAACUCUAUCUCCGAUAAUCCAUCACCAGAUACCCUGAACUCGUCUUCUAAUACCGCUUUUACGCCUCCGAACAUAGACCAAUCAUCGGUGAACGGCCAGUCAUAUAACGCAAACAAGAAUAUAGCCAAUUCUAAUAAUGUCAUGAAUUUCAGCCCAGACAUCAAUGGUCUUGCCAACCAAAGCGAUUUGUCUUUCUCUCCAAUAUUCGAUAUGUCCUCGUCGCAUAUUCCCAUGGAUACACUUGGCAUGGAGAACCCUCUGGCACUGAAUACCAUGUGGUCAGAUUACGUACCCGAACCUGCUAGUCUUGAGAAUGGCUCAUUCAAUAUGACGGAUGACACGAACAACUUCUCUGACCGUCAGUUUGACAUACUACUUCGAGGAAUGGGGUGGAAUGGCUGGAAUGAGCAGGCCACCGGGCAAUAG